AUGAGCUCCAUUCGCGACGACAGCAACACCAAGGGCAUGACGGAGACCAUCCGGAAUAGUGAGAAUCCGUCGUUGGCUCGGCAGCCGACAAACACGCGCAGCGUCCUCUCCACCCGUUCCACGGAAGUUCUCAAGGACGGAACCGGAAUUAGCGACAGUCUUUCCAACGCAGCGGACGCGUUACCACCUCCCACGACUCGUUCCCGGACGUUGUGGGAAAAGCAGCCCUACAUGCUGGCGUACGGCGCCGCCAUUUCCAUCUUUUCCCCCACCGCCACGGCGUAUCAACUCUGCAAACUCUACAAAAUUCGACCCGCAACGUCGCAGCUAGUCCGCUUGAGCAUUUCCAUUUUCCCGCACCAAACCAUCCUCAAAACGUUGCAGAUGAACGUUUCCACGCCCGUCAAGGAGCACCUCAAUCCGUGGGCGGCGUUUGCCGUCGUCGGUGUGUUGCAGGGCGGGGUCUAUGGACAGGCCAACGUCAGCUUUGCCAACGCUUUGAAAGUAGGCAAGGUAGCUUCCAUGGCGGGAGUCUUUCGGGGAGUCGGCUUUGCCGGCGUCCGCGACACCAUUUCACAAGGUGUGCCCUUUAUGUGUUCGCGCUGGAUCCGCGAACAUACCUUGGAUCAAUGGUUCCCCACCAGCGCGGAUGCCGAAGAGGACGCGACCAUGCGGGGAGUCAAGCAGUGGACGUCCGUUAUUUCGACCUCCAUUGUGGCCACCUACAUGAGUCAAGGAUUGCACAACUGCCAAACCACCAUGCAGGCGGAUCAGAGCUUGUCCUACGUUCAAGCCGUCCGGAAAGUGUUUACUCAACACGGCACUAUGGGAUUAGUCCGUGGUGGGGAAGCUCGUGUCGGACUCCUGUUGAUUGUCAAUAUUUUGAACGAACUCUUACUCAAACCCGCGUGGGCACCCGUGCCCAUUGAGUCCUAA